CUGUGAGUUCCUUUCUCUAACAGAAGACCAUCUCGUGGAUGUCAUACGUCAGCUCAUUUUUUGUUACCCUCUUCCUCAUUGGACAGUCCAUCGGACCAGAUCCAGUUCCAGUGGUGAUUGUAGCAGAGCUGUUCCUUCAGUCAUCCCGGUCCACUGCCUUCAUGGCUGGGGGCUGUGUCCACUGGUUCUGCAAAUUUGUUAUCGGAGUCGUGUUCCUUCAGAUAGAGCUACACAUUGAGCCUUACAGCUUUCUCCUCUUUUGGCCUCUCUGCGUAGCCACCUUAAUUUAUGCCUUCAAGCAGAUCCCCGAAACCAGCGGCCAGAACUUCCUGGAUAUCAGGAGGACCGAGGCAAUCCGAAUGACCAGGACCCUCCUGCUUAUGCAAAUCGCAGAGGACUAGAAACUUGGGAAGACAGUCCAUGCAGCAAUUUAGAGAUAUUCUGUUCGGUUGGCCCAUUGGUGAUAGCAGCAGUUUCCCUUCUGGUCUGACUGAACAGCCUGGACUUUAUUCCUUCUUUUUCCUACAUUGGACUCCGACUGCAACCACCUCUCAGUAUUGGCUUAUGCACCCACCUGAAGGGUCAUAGGCUACCCAUCCGUGUUUUAAUCAGUCUUAAUAAAAGCUGUAUUGGCCACUCAUGCAGAGACACAGCAGGGAACUUCAUUUCUGGAUGAUGCGUCCAGCUCUCAGGCACCUGUAAUCCAUGUAUGGGGGACCAGAUGUCUCCAGAUGUUGCUGAACCAUGACUCCCAUCACCCCUGACCACUGGUCAUGCUGGCUGGGGCUGAUGGGAGUUGGACUCCCACAUCAGGAGUCCCCCAUCCCUCCCACAACAUCACGAGUUCCCUAUCCCUCCUCUAACAGAUAUAGAGUUAUGCCCAAUGGCCAUCCUACUCAGAGUAGGCCCAUUGAAACUAAUGAACUUGGCUUC